AUGGGAGAGAUCUUUCUUGCCGCAUUCCUGAAGGUGUUGUUGGCCAGGUUAGCCUCUCACGACUUCCUCAACUAUGCACAGCAGAAAGGAGUUGCCAAAAAGCUUGAGAAAUGGAGGAAGACGGUGUCUGAUAUUGACAAGCAUCUCCGUGAUGCAGAGGAGAAGCAACUGAUGAUAAGCAAGACAAUGCACAAGUGGCUGUUUGAGCUCACGCAUUUGGCCUAUGAUGUGGAGGACAUACUUGACAAGUUGUCCGCUCAGAUGCUGACAGGAAUGUAUGAAAGUGGAGCUGGCUCAACCACAGAACAAGAGGAGCUAUUGCAGAAUGUAAACUCGAUCACCGAGUCUACAUCCUUAGUGGCAUUGCAAAGGUCACCGAGUUCAAUUGUGAUAGAUACACCUGUGGCUGGCAGGGAUGAGGAAAUAGAAACGAUUGUUGGGUUACUGUCAAAAGACUAUGAGCCUUCUCGUACCGCCAAUUUUCAUUCAGUUGUCAUUGUUGGAAUGCCAGGAGUCGGGAAGACAACACUAGUAGCACAUGUCUUCUUUUCUGAAGCUAUUGAACAGUUUAACCCAAAGGUUUGGGUAUCUGUGUCUCAUAACUUCAAUCUUGAAAGAGUGAUGAGAGCUAUUUGUAGGAAAGUCACAUCCCGGCCAUGUGACCAAGAUGAUUUCAGUGAAGUUCAAGAUGAUUUGAAAAGGGCAAUAGCAGGUCAGAAACUUUUAGUUGUUCUAGAUGAUGUCUGGAGCACAUGUGACUACGAGUCAUGGACAAUAUUGCAGUCUCACUUCCAUGUUGGAGCACCAGGAAGUAAGAUACUCAUCACAACACGUGAAGAAAAAGUUGCAAGAUUGAUUGGAGCCACUGAGGUUUACAAUUUGAAGGUUCUUUCAGAUGAAGAAUGUCUCCAAGUAUUUAUGCAACAUAUUAACAAUCACAGACCACCAGAUUUUGAUGCAGUCCUUGCCAAUAAAAUUGUCGGAAAGUGCAGUGGACUUCCACUGGCGGCAAAAACUCUUGGUGGUAUUUUACGUUGUAAAGUAGCUGACAAAUGGGAAGGCGUAUUGGAUGACAAACUGUGGAGUAUAUCAAAUAACGAGAGUAACAUACCCUCGGUUCUGAAGCUGAUUUAUCAAUCCUAUCAUUAUCUUCCUUCAGCUAUAAAGAGGUGCUUUGCAUAUUGCUCAAUACUUCCCAAUAACUAUAAAUUUGGGAAAAAGCAACUAAUUCUUCUAUGGAUGGCAGAGGGUUUUAUUCCACAGCCAGAAGGAAGUAACCAGAUGGAAGAUAUUGCUGGUGACUAUUUUGAGGACCUGUUAUCUAGGUCAUUAUUUCAGAAGUCAAGCGAAAGUGGUUCACUUUAUGUAAUGCAUGAUCUUGUUGGUGAUUUGGCACGGUGGGCGUCAGGAGAUACAUAUUUCAGAUUGGAUGAUAAAGUGGAUGGCAAAUGUUCUCCAAAGACUCGUCAUUCUUCUUACAUUUCUGGCAAGUAUGAUGGAAUUACCAAAUUUGAAAAGGCAUUCUCUGGAGCGAAGAGCCUGCGAACGUUCCUACCAUUUUCAAUUUCACAUGGUCAUGACAACUAUCUAACUUGUAAGGUUACUUUUGAUAUGUUGCCAAAGUUGGAGUGUUUACGAGUACUUUCUUUCAGUGGCUAUCAAAUAACUCUGUUGCCGGAUUCAAUUGGUCAUCUGAAGCAUCUGAGGUACCUUGAUCUUUCUCACACACUUAUAAUGAGUUUGCCUGAAUCAACAACCACCCUGUACAACUUGCAGACAUUGAUAUUAGAAAAUUGUUCUCAGUUGAAGGCACUGCCAGCAAAACUGAAAAAUUUAACCAGGUUGCGUCAUCUGAACAACUCCAAUGUGCCUUCAUUGGAAGGAAUGCCUCCUCAGCUAUGUCAAUUGACUAAUCUCCAAGCGUUGUCUGUUUUUGUUGUGGGCAAAGGAAAUGUGUCGCGUGUAGGAGAGAUAGGGCCUCUACUGCUUCGUUGGACAUUGUGCCUCAAAAGAUUGGAGAAUGUGAUUGAUGUUGAGGAUGCAACAAGAGCAAACUUAUUGAGCAAGGAAAGACUUGAUACACUACAACUAGAAUGGAGUGGCACUGAUGGGAAGGAAUCAGAAGUUCUUGAUGUGCUAAAACCACACAUAAACCUUAAAGAGCUCAUCAUUGAGGGUUAUAACGGUGUGGAAUUUCCAACAUGGAUUCGACAUCCUCUUUUCUCUAAAAUGACCCUUGUGGUGUUAGAGAAUUGUAAAGGCUGUCGCUUCCUGCCAGCACUUGGCCAAUUACCUUCUCUGAAAGAACUCUUUAUAAAAGGAAUGUCUGGUGUUGAUAGUGUUGGUCCUGAGUUUUAUGGGAAGUCUGAGGGCUUGCCUUUCCCAGUGUUAGAAACUCUUGAGUUCAAGGACAUGGAAGAUUGGAAGGAGUGGUUGCUUUGGCAAGGAAGUGGAGCUUUCCCUUGUCUGAAAAUGCUUUCCAUCUCCGCAUGCCCCAAGCUGAGAGCGGUUGGUUGUUUCAACUACCAAUUAUGA